AUGCGCCAGGCGGCCGGACGGCGGCGUCGGGGGGCGCCAUGGCCUCGGCGGCGGCGGGCGAGGCGGAGGAGACCACCCGGCUGCGCAAGCCGCGCUUCUCGUUCGAGGAGAACCAGAUCCUGAUCCGCGAGGUGCGCGCCCACUACCCGCAGCUCUACGGCGCGCAGAGCCGUCGGGUGAGCGUGGCGGAGCGGCGGCGUGUGUGGGACGGCAUCGCGGCCAAGAUCAACGGCAUCACCAGCUGGAAGCGCACCGGCCAGGAGGUGCAGAAGCGCUGGAAUGACUUCAAGCGCCGCACCAAGGAGAAGCUGGCCCGCGUGCCGCACUCCACGCAGGGCGCGGGGCCUGCCGCCGAGGACGCCUUCUCGGCGGAGGAGGAGACCAUUUUUGCCAUCCUGGGGCCGGGCGUGGCGGGGCCGGCAGCAGGUGCAGGGGCCGAGCAGCCCUCCGGGGCCGCUUCCUCGCAGCCGCCCGCCCCGAGUGCCGGCGCCCAACGCUACGUGCUGUCCGAGGACCGCAGGGACGACCGACGGGCAGAUACACCAGCCCACAGCAAGGGGGGUUCCAGCAGCCCUGAGCAGUGGGCCCGGCCCUCCUGCAGUCCCCAGGAAGGUGGCUGCCCCCCACCGAAGGAGCGUGAGUCCCCGCCCCCUCCAGCCCUGCAGACGGUCCAGUUGCCCCGCCUGGCCUUGUCUCCACCGCCCCCAGCCCCUCCACCACCGCCGCCGCUGCCACCACCACCCCAGGCACCUCAGCAGGUGCAUGUGGCACCCUCGUCCCCCAGCCCACCACCUCCUCCACUGCCAACACCCACGCCCUCGGCCCCAGACCCCUCUCUGGACUUCCUGCGGGCUCAGCAGGAGACUGCCAACGCCAUCCGGGAGCUGGCUGGCACCCUUCAGCAGGGACUGGCCAAGCUGAGUGAGGCCCUCAGCGCCCUACUGCCUCUUCUGCCCGGAACCCCAGUCGACAGGCUGCCCCCACCCCUGCCCCCACCCCCACCCCCACCCCCACCCCCCAGGCCCGUCCUGCCCCCACCUACCCCCAAAGUGGAGAUCACCCCUGAGCCCGUAUCUGUGGUAGCUGCUGUGGUGGACGGAGCGGUGGUAGCAGCCAGGGGGGUGAUCAUUGCCCCUAGGAGCGAGGAGGGGACCCCCCGGUCACCCCCAGCCCCGCUUCCUCCCCAUGACUCACCCCCACACAAGAGGAGGAAAGGCUUUCCUACACGGAAGAGGCGGGGGCGAUGGAAAUCUCCGUGAAAUCUGCUGUUGGGUUUGAGCUUGUCUGGGCUCCUCUGCCUGCACCUCCUCCCCCCAGCUUAGCCCAGUGGAGGAGGGCAAUGCACCUUCCCCAUCUCAGCUGCACCCCAGCUCCCCUGCUGCAGGGGCACAAGCACCCCACUCCCUAUACUAGUUAGUGCCUGAUUCUCAGGGGACCUCGUUGAUGGGUGCCCCGGCCCUUUCUCCAGUACAGCGCUGUCUGCCUGGCUGCUUCCCUGAACCCUAACUUCUAAGCCAUCAAUUUUACGUUAUUUAUUAUUGCCCUCUGUGGGUUUCGGAGGGAACCUCUCGGGUCUGCACAUAACCCCCUUCCCUAACAACUCCUGGUCUUGACUUGAAGAGAAUUGACCCGUAGUGGCCUCCUCGCUUCCCCGAUCCAGACUUUGGAGGGGGUGGGAGUCUCGAGACACAUCAGAAUAUGGAUGGCAAAGGAUAUAGCAGUCUAUACCCUAGGGAGGGGGGGUGGAGUUCUCAUGGGAGGUAUAGGUGGGGCCCUCUGCCUCCCAUUGCUGUGUCUGACCUCCAGGGCCCAUCCCCCUCAUUUCUCCCCCGUGGUGACAAGAUAUGAAUAAACUUAUUUUUAAUACAAGUACUUUGGGCUCCGAGACAGGCCUGGGGUUUCAGCACUGACGCCUGCCCCACCCCUCCAUGAACACGUGGCAUCCUCCCCUUGAAGUUGGAAGCUGGCCUUUCCUGAAAGCCAUCGAGUCCUGUUUUCAAAUCUUACUCCUACUUACUCAUCCUUCUGACACCUCUAAGUGUCACCUCCAGGAGAACUUUCUGGAUAUCCUCCUCCAGGCUAGGAUGGGUCUGCCUCAAUUACUGUCUAGUAUCCUGUGGUCCCUAACUGAACACAUGCCUUUAUCCGUUUAAAGCCAGUUCCUCCAUCCCCACCCCCCAGAUUCAGGAAGGCAAGAACUGGUUCUCUUUUUUACUCCUAAACCUGCUGCAAAGCAGAGUAGCAAAGUAGCUAAUAACCACCACCCUGGAUCCGGUCCUACCUGGCCCAGCCCCUGGUGCCACCCUGGCCAACUGUGUGGGCCUUCUUUUUCCUCAUCUGUAAAAUGGGCACAAAAACGUAGGAGGCUACAGCUGCAUUCCAUUGUCAUUCUUCAGGUCUCGACUCCAAUAUUCACCUCCUCAGAAAAGGCUUUCCUGGCAAUCUCUACCCACCCCAUCAGUUAGGCAGGGAAAAUCCAGUUAAAUAAUCAUUUGAGUAAACUUAAAUUGAUUUGUCUGCCUCCAUCACCAGGAUGAGCCUUGUCAGGGCAAGCAAGGCCUGUACCUAGCUCAGUGCUGUGUCCUCAGCAUUGCCCAACACAGAAGAGGGUUGCAUCUUUGAGUUAAUGGGCAGCUCAAAAAGCAGGGUUGCCAUGUAUGGUGCUCCUUUCCUGGGCCAGGCACCAUGCUAAACAUUUUUACUGGUUUUCCUUUAAACUUGAACCUGCCCAAUGAAAAGCAGACUCUCCAGGGGUCUCUGUUUUUUUCCUGAGAAGUUUAGGGACUUUCCCUAACCUUGCCAGCGGCCAAUCCCAAUUCAGCCACCUGAAGCUGGACUCUGGCCAGAACUCUUGAUCCCCCCACUGGUGUUUCCUGAAGAAUGGCUUAAAGGCAAUUCUAGGAGAUAUGUGGAUAGCCUUUUUAAUGAUUCUAUAUGGUGUGUUAACUUGAUUAAAAUGUAGCUAGUACCCCAAAACUGCAGCUAGUACCUAAAAAAACCUACACUUGUGCACAUAAUACAGACAUACCUCGCUUUAUUGUGCUUUGCUUUAUUGCACUUUGCAGAUACUGCUUUUUUUAUUUUUUACUAGUUGAAGGUUUGUGGCAACCCUGUGUCAAGCAAGUCAAUUGGUGCCAUUUUUCCAACAGUCGCUCACUUGUGUCUGUGUUACAUUUGGUAAUUCUUGCCAUAUUUCCAACUUUGGCAUUAUUACUACAUUUGGUAUGGUGCUCUGUGAUCAGUGACUAAAACUCAGAGCUCAGAUGACGGUUAGCAUCUUUUAGCAAUAAAAUAUUUUAAAAUUAA